AUGACCAAUACUACUCUCCCCCCGAUCCCCAAGUGGAUCCCAGCUCCAGUGACAAAGGAGAACCUGGAUUACAUUGAAUUAUCCAACCUAGACUUGUCAGAUUUCGACAACCCUGAGUCAAGGAAGCAACUCGCGCGGCAGUUCUACGAGGCUUUCACGCAGGAGGGAUUCGUCACUGUCUCUGGCCAUGGCAUCUCGAAAGAGACCUGGGAUCAGCAGAUGGACCUCUGCAACGCUACAAUGACUAUGGAUCCCAAAGCAAAGGUUCCUUUUGAAGUCACGCCGGAGGAAGACAAACAGGGCAUCUACGUGGGUUUCAAGACUGCCGGAGGACUUGGUUUUCACAAAGAAAUCGACUUUUACAACAUGCUCUAUCAAGACGGCAAAACAGACCGAAAGCACCCUCCUCAUCUAGUUCCGUACCUUGAUGAAAUCCGAAAGGUCAUGCUCCACGUCCGCGAUGAUAUCCAGAAGAAGCUAUUCAUCCUGCUAGCUAUAUGUCUCGAGAUACCCGUCGAUGAACUCAUGGCUACCCAUGCACCUGGACAGUCGAGCUCCGAAUAUUACCGUUAUAUGAGCUACGCACCUUUAACUCCAGAAGCUACGGCCAAGGCGCGUGGUCUCUUCAUGCCGGCACACGCGGACUGGGGUACCUUCUCCAUCCUCUUUUCGCAGCCAGUCUCUGCCUUACAGAUCCUGCAUAAGUCCAACGUCUUCAAGUGGGUUGAGUAUAAGCCGUACACUCUCAUCGUUAACGUUGGUCAAGCACUGGAGCUGCUCACGGGCGGGCUCUUCCCAGCUACAAUCCAUAGGGUCGUCACGCCUCCCAAGGACCAAGUUGGCUGUUUGCGAGUUGGCAUUUACUACUUCUCACGCCCGAAUGACGACUUCCCUCUGGCUCCGUUCCAAAACUCUCCUGUGCUCAAGAGGCUGGGCAAGGAUAAGCCGCUAGACCCAAAUGUCACAUAUAGCACGGUCGAGUUUCUCGAGGCAAAGAAGCAUGGGUACCUCAAGCCAGAUCUGGAUUUUGACAAGCCAAAGGACAAGGACCUCCACGAUGAUCCAUUCAGGCAGGGUGAUAGGUUCGCAGCGACGGAGAAGGUGCUUGCUUCUAUCACCAAAGCUUCUGCUUAG